CUGUGGCUAGGACUUGGCCAGCACAACGCAGGUCGACGGCACCUUACAGAGGGCUGUGUAUCUCAGCAGAAGUCCUCCAUGAUGGCUCACUGCGAGAUUCUCACUCACCGACCGAACCACUGCAUUCGCCCAGGGACCCGCAGGUAAUUGACCCAGCACCUGGCACGUCAGGUUCCACCUGUCCCGGGGACGGGGCCUUGCUCUGAGACACCGCACUGCUUUGGCUCCCUGGGGCCUGAGCACACGCAGGUCGGGCAGAAGGGCUUAGCACAUGAGGAGCACAUGGGCCAGGGGAAACCGGUAGCAGUGUACCUGUGGCCUACCUCUCAUCCCAGCUGACCUUGGAAAGCCUUAGUUUGCUCACGUGACAGUCACAAUGCCACUGCAUGGGAGACAGCAAUGUGUGGGCUUCUGGGACUCACAGCUACGGCUCAAGCCCUACUAAGGAGACCCUGGCUGAGCGAGGCAACCCCGGUGGGCAUUCUCUCCUUGCAGGACCAGCAUUGGGCACUUCUCCCUGGUUCUGGUCUGCACUGACCCUGGUCAGCACUGGGUGCUCCUGUUGACAGGCACUUUGCACAUGGAUCUCCACUGCCUGGGCUUUAUUUCCUCAUCAGCACCAGGGGUAGGGUGGUACCUUCUUGCCCGUUACUGUGAAGAAUAAGUAAGCUAAUGUGAUGUUCUUCAAACCCUAAUGUCCACCAAUGAGUUCCAGCCCUAUCCCUGGGGAUCUCGUUCACUCAGGAAGUCUGGGUUGGGCCUGAGGUUCUGCACUUCUAAGUCUCUGACGAUACCAGUACUCUUGUCCAGACACCUAACUAGAGGAGCAGGGGGAUAAAAAGCACCUGGCACAUAACAGAUGAUCAGAAAUCAUUGGUAAUCAUUAUUCUCAAUUAUCAUCAUCAAAUUCAUAUGUGAGUCUCUCCGAUUUGUGGUUUAAUCACCACACAACAAUGAAAUGUUAUUAAAUUAGAGGGGCUGACUUUACUUUAAACUUGACUUCAGCAAUUGACUUGGCCCAGUAAUUGACUCUGCCCAUAGUAUGAUUGAGAUUAUAUAUUUAUAUCUCCACAGUUUUAAAAACCAGAGAGAACGAUCUGGAAAUCUUCUUGAAUUUGUGGCAUUUAAUUCUCUUGCCCUUGUAGUAGAUGGAGAAGCUCUGAAUAGUUGGAUUGCAGGAAAUAUCCUUAGCCGCACACAGUGAGAUACAUUAUUGCCAAGAGUGCUACUCACCAGCCUCAUCCAGUAAUAAAAUAUUAUGCCUUGUCUGUUACCAGUUCUAUGUGUAGACCAAAUUUCCUGAGAAUAGUUGUCAGGCUUGGAAAUGAAGAAGACAUUUCUCCAUUUUUCUCUCCAUAUGAUAUAGUUUUGUACGUUUGACAUUUUUUUUUAUUUUAAAAUUUAAAAAAAAAUAUUAUUAUUUCAGAUCUUUGACUACUUUUGACUUUCUGCAAACUUAAGCAUCUUUGUAAAAUAGAGGACAUUUCAUUAGAGGCCAAGAGCUUCCUUGGACAUUCUUACACAUGGUGAAGUACACAGGGACAUUGUUUUUCCCAGGGUCUGAUGAUUCUUUGGCAGUAAAUUGUGCAUUCAGGUAUCUAGUUUCUUCAUUGUGCUGGGAGUUCAACUCUUCUGGGUCUUUGACAUUUUGGUUUAAUAUAUGAAAGAGGUAAUGUAAUUCCACAAGUAGAAUCAACCCAGAGUGGAUAUAAUGUAGAAUAAUGUAAAAGUCAUAUUUUGGGUAUAUUUUUUUUCCCAACCACACAGGGACCUUAAAAAAGAUAAUUAAAUUCAUGCUAAAACCAGAGGCUGUGUGUCCAUUUUUCCAGGGAAAACUUGUGCUGUCCUCUAUCUGUGACCCAGACCUUCUGACCUGAAAGGUCUACCUAGGCAUGUAUGGCCCAGUCUCAUGUUUAAAUCAAGGACUCGGGCAUCAAGGGGUUAAAUAAACCUGAUACGUCAUGUGGCCGUUAGAUCAAGUGUCCCUGUAGAGGGAUGCCUGGUUCACAUUAAACUUCUAGAAAUAGACUUCUCUCCUUGGUGCAUGAGAUCAUUUUCAAGCCAGGCUUUGAAUUAUUUUGUGAGCUUGAUGGUGCUGGAGGUUGAAUUUCACCUUUGCCCUGUCAUCUUCUGAGUCCUCUGGGACAAAACAGUGAGGCCCUCUCCUGAUCUUCAGCUGAGUGACCGCUUUCCCUUGAAGUGUCCACAGACCUGAUGCUGUUAGUGGCCGCUCUUGCAGUUCUAAAGCCCCUGUUAUCCCCGAGUGCACAGACCCCAACGCACCACAGGUCAUCAUCUGAAGACCUUCUGAGAACCGUGACUGCCAACAGGGGUCCUCAGAGGUGGAGGCCACAGCUCAGCCUCAGAAGUUGUUUUCACCUAUGGGUUUCCAGCUGAAAACAAGAAGACUGCUAAGGGGAAAAGAUCCCCUCCACUAAGAUGUGUCAGGCUGUCUUCCCAAGCUCCGUCUCAGAGUGGAGGACAGAAGGCCAUCACAGCGGAUCUGGUCCAGAGGCCCGAUUUCCAGUCAGUGCUCCUGGGUGGUAUUCCACACGAGCCAGGAGGAUCAAAGGCGCACUUGAUGUUGGAGACAGUGUGGUUCCCCAUGGAUGGGGAAGUCUUUGAUGUCCCCUGGAAACAGGAAAGCGCCAGUUGUGGUGAGCACAGGAGUCAGAGGCUGUGUGUCCACUUCUCAGGGACUCCCCCGCUCUGUCCACACCUAGGACCACCUUUGAAAGUCACGCUGUCUUUGAGGCUGGCUUGCAGUGGGAACUGGACUUGGUCCCAAGCAGCUGUGUUCUGAAUCACCUAUGUCCCUGGCUCAUCUCUGCCUUUCCAUCUCAUGUGGAAUUGUGUGCUCGUCUCCCGUCCCCAUCCUUGGCAAGACCCAGCUGCCUGCAGAGAAAAAUUGGUUCCCGAGAACAGAGCUGUGAGGUCAUAAUGGUUGACACCACGUGCUCUUUAGGCCUUUGCCGUCUGUGCUGGUGUGAAACACACACAUGCACACACACACUGUGAUGGGGGAGUGACCCCAAAACACACACUGAACUGCCCUUUUAUUUAAAUAAUAAAUCAUUGAUAUUAACUCUUGGACUUGGAUACACCUACUUCUAAUUAUAGGAGCUGGAAUUUGAGAGAAAAAAGCCCUUCUUCCUAGGAUCAGGGUCCACAUUUCCCCUCAGCUCCUCUGCUGGGAGCUGGCCAGGAGACAGAGGCCAAGCUCCCCGCCGCCUUGCCCCUGGGGCCUGAUGUCCGUCUCUGCCCUUAGGACCACGGAAGGUGUUGUCCUGCCAAUGUCUGGGAAUGAGCUCUGGUCUGCAUCCCUCACCACAGCCACGGCCAGAGGCCCACUGAGCUCUCGCCGCAAACCAGACCCAAGCUGGACAGCUGAGGAGCUGCGCCCAUGUCACAGGGAGGUGGCCUGCCUGGAUCUGGCUUCCCGCGAGAGCUCCGCUCUACCCCACGCUAGGAGACCUCACGGCAGGAAGCCCUGGAGAUGGAGCUCUCGCCGCGCUAGCUUUCUGUGUCCAUGCGCUUCCAUUUCUUGCUGGGAUUUGAAGUCUGGACAUUGGGAGAGGAGAGGACAGGAGAUGGAGGAUGUGCCUGGAGGGAGAGAGGGGAACCCGGACCCCCCAGGGCAGAGGUGCUGCCCUCUGCCUGUCCCCGCACCGGUGGCAGCCUUCGCCCUGGCGUCCCAGGGCAUGUGACUGUCAGCUCACGUGACAGGUGGGGGCUGUCCUCUCCUGAGCUGAGAGCCUGGGAAGUGCCCUUGCUGGACCUGCUAGUCCCUCGUAGGACCGAGAGCAGAGCAGCCAUCUUCCCAGGCUUGGCUCUGAAAGACCUGGUCUCGCCUGGCCAGUCUCCUUCUCUCCUCUCUCACCCUGCUCCUCUGACUUGGCCCCCAUCUUCCCCUUGAGGCCUGGUCUUCACGUUUUAUUACUGUUUUGGACUUGUCCCUGAAGGCAAGUCACUAGACAGAUGCUCUUUUGUGGACUGGUGGGUCCCGUGGCUGGCCCGUGGCCCCUCAGCCCUGGAUGCUGCUCAGGGGCUUGGACGUGUGAGGAGAAGGUGCAGUGACCCCGGACCACAGUGUCCUCAUUUCAUGGUGGCAGCGUCUGGCACGUCCAGCUCGCUCCUGGCAAGGCAGUGGGGAGUGGCGACAAGGAGGUCUGUCCAUCGCAGAGCACAUCUUACGACAGGAUGGGGACACUACUACUGGAACUCUGAGGAGUUCCAGGGGGCACUGAGGCCCCUUGUCCUGUGCCUCCCAUGGGACCAUCCCACGGUGAAGGGUGGGACAAGUGUGGGUGCAGGUUCCAGAGCCUGAGAACCCAGCAGUGAGGUCACUCACUAAACCACCAGGCGGGGUGGGAGGGGUGCCCCCAGCAGAACAGGGGGCAGCAGCCCGUGGGAGUGCCACUGAGCGGGAGAGCCCCUAGGAACAGGACGGACCUCCUUGCCGCUUUGGUGUGGCACUGAAAUGGCACCUUCUCGUGGAACUUUAAGAUAAAUCGUCAUUCUCACAUGGAAAGAAAGUAACAAGGGAGAUGUUACUUUGUGUUAGUUAAAGAGACUUUUUACAAGACCUUGGAGACACUUUGGGAGAUGGUGACACAAUGGCAUGUUGGCGCCAGAUGUGUCAAAGGAUCCAGGUGAGGGCGGAGGGUGUACCCCGGGCUCUGUUCUGAUUUUGUUUGGGGUUUCCUGCCUGUGCAAGCUGCACUGUGUGAUGGACGGCUUGUUUUUUCCUUUUUCUGAAAACUUUUGUAAGAACAUAAAAACAUAAAGAAACGUCACCAGCACGGGGGACUUUACCCGCCAGGACUGGUCUGUACGAGGCUUUGUGAUGUAGAGAAUGCGAGCUUCCCUUUGUCACCGCUUGGCGUUCCAGCUGGUGUUCCAGCAUGUGCCAGCCGGGGUGGAGUGACACAGUCAUUGUCAGGCACACUGCCACCGUCUUCCUGAAGUGACAAUGCCUGUCAUGGUGGGACGAGCAGUGUCCUCUGUGUGGCCUCUGCUGCCCCAUCCAGCACACCCAGCCCACUCAGCCCCGGGGCCCAGCAGGCAUGCACCCUGCACUGGGGAAGCCCUCUUCACUCCCUCGGAGAGGGCCAUCACUGCCCAUGAGUGGACAGACUACUUCCCUAUGGUAAUAAAAGUGCGUGAGCUUCCUAACCUGCCAUGCCAGCAACAGGACCGUGAGCACAAUUUCCCCUCUAAGUUAGAAAACGCGCAGCGCCUCCUUCGUAAAAGGCAAGGGGCUUGUUCUAGAUGACUUCAAAGGGCGUGGUAACUGUCGACCCGGGUGCCGCGCUCUCAGGGAAGGAAAGGAAGAGGAGACAGAGGUGCAUUCCUAGAAAUGAGAAUGUGCCCUGCACGGCCCUUACAACUCCAUGUGGACGGCCUGUAAGCAGAGACGAGAACCAAGACAAGAAGCUGGUCAUGCUCACCCACCAGCCUGAGGAUUCUGAGAGGUGCGAGAGCGUGGAGCUGGACAAUAAAAUCCGGGAUCUGAUAGAGAGAAAUGCUUCUCUUGAUCCAAAAGGGGUCCCCCCAGAGGCCACGCUGAGUCACAGGAAUGCAUGUCCUCCAAAGACUCCCAGGAAAACAGCUUCCGUAGCACAUUCUGCCCAGGGCACAGCUGGAAUGAGCACUGUGGACAGUUCCGCGGACCAAGCAGAGAGUGCUCAAUCCUCAAGAAGAAAGAAUUUGACAGAUCCUCUUGAACAAAAGAUAAGGUGCUUAGAGAAACAGAGAAAAGAGCUCCUACAAGUCAAUCAGCAGUGGGACCAGCAGUUUAGAAGCAUGAAGGAGGUGUAUGAAAGAAAGGUGGCGGAGCUGAGGACCCGGCUGCGCGCGGCCGAGGGCGCCCUGGGCGAGCUGGAGUGCGAGCGGCGGAGCCAGAGCGCGGGUGGCGCCGCCCGGGGCCCGCGGCGGGAAGAGGAAAGGGAAACCCUAAACGAAGAAUUACAGGAACUGAAGAAAGAGAAUAAGCUUUUGAAGGAAAAAAAUGCUCUCGCGAUGAAGAAGAAAGAGCACUAUGAAUGUGAAAUACAACGCCUUAACAAGGCUCUUCAGGACGUCUUGAAAAUCGAGGGUGCUUCGUCUCCUGGGGACCGGCGGGGGAUGUGCCCUGUGGAGUGCGGCCACGCGGCCACGAGAACGGAAGUGGAAGUUCUCAAGCAGCAGGUACAAAUAUAUGAAGAAGACUUCAGAAAGGAGCGAUCGGAUCGGGAAAGGCUCAGUCGAGAGAAAGAAGAGCUGCGGCGGGCUCAUCAAGCUUCCCGGGCCCAGCUGACCAGGCUGAGUUCCCAGAUCAAAGUUUGUCAGAUGGAGAAAGAAAAACUAGAAAAACAACUAAAACAGAUACAUUUCCCGGCCUGCACCUGUGGCUUGGCUUUCCACCUGCGGGACCUGGGGGUGCCAGCAGGCCCACGCACCACGCAGGACCAGUGGGAGCAUCCACCGGGCCCUCCAAGGUGUGCUGUGGACCUGCUUCCGCCAGACGGGCAGCCCAAGGACAACGGUCUCUCCUCAGAAAAGAAGCCCCCCCAGUAGGAGUAGUCCCCUGCAGAGCACUGGAGCAGAGGGGACCCGGCCAGGGCGCUGGUUUGUGUCUUCUCCACUCCUGCAGCCCAUCAGCUCCGUCACUCAGCCGGGUCCUGCUCCCACGGGCUCAGACAGAGGAAAAGUUUCUGGCCACCGAGAUCCUGAUGUGCUGGAGGGGCCAGUUUCUGAACAGCCCGAUCCAGUUCCUCCAAAGGACAGCUGGAGCCGGCUGAGGUGCUGCUCCUUGAAGUGUCCGUCUGCACAUGGCUGGGGCUUACAAAGACGACCAGCGUGUGGAUACCCGCGCUCCUGGGAGGGGCUGGUGGCUGUGCCUCCACACUGUCCGUGUUUACCCAGGACCUUAGUUCUUCAGCCAUGUGGUCAGAUACUGUGCUCUGCAGCGCUGGCCUGAGAGACCUGGAAAUUGGGUUGAGGAGGUGCACAUACUUCUUUCAGUUGGGCAAGCGUUUCAGGCUGAAUAAAAUGGCAAUCUUAAAACUA